AUGCCUGGCACACGCUUGGCAAAGGCUGCCCAGUGUGUGCGGUACCUCGCACCGACGCUCUUCUGCGGGCGACGGUCGACACAGCUGUGUCUCUCCUGGCGACACGACGGCAGACGAUGGAGCACUGUCUCUGCGCAGGCUGCUCCUCACGUCAAGACGCAGCCGAAUGUCACCGAAAGCGGAGACGCGCGCCACGAUCCUGUCGACGAGCGGGUCGGGCGUCUGGCAGACGAAAUCUUAUCUCUGAACCUACUGCAAGCCAAGCAGUUAAGCGAUGUGCUUCGAUCGCGUUUGGGGAUCGAGGGCACUCCAGCCCUCGGAGGCGGUGCCCUGACACCAGCAGCACUGGCCGCGAUGCAGCAGGCUAUGUUCACUGCAGGCAACGCCGCUGCUGGUGCACAGGCAGCUGCUACUGGUUCUGCAGAGAAGACGGAAGAAAAGUCCGAGUUCGACGUCGUCUUGGAAAAAUAUGAUGCGGCGAAAAAGAUUCAGGUUAUUAAAGAAGUUCGCUCUGCUUUAGGACUCGGCCUGAAAGAGGCCAAAGAACUCGUUGAGGCUGCACCCAAGGUCAUCAAAAGUGCCGUGCCCAAAAACGAGGCCGAGGCUCUCGUUGACCGUUUGAAACAGUUCGGCGCUACCCUCGCUCUAAAAUAA